UGUGGGCGCGAGGCGCAGACGGGCCGCAGGGGUCCGUCAAUCCGCCGGAGGCACGCGGACGCAGAUUAUCACCGGAGGCGUCCCGUGAAUGGGAAUAACUGGGUCACAUUCACAUGAGUUAUAUGCUGUUUGUUGAUGUGUCCUCGAGCCUGACCCGACAUCUCUCACUUCCAGAUGCAAGAUGAGGAAGGCGACGCUCGUGCUGCCGGUGUGCGUGGCUCUGUGUUUCCUCACGAGCCUGUGUGAGGGCGCCAGGCAGGGACAGGACAUGAAAUGUGGAGCGUGCAGGGCCGUCGUGGACGAGAUGGAGUGGGCCAUCUCCCAGAUCGACCCCAAGAAGAUGAUCCAGACCGGCUCGUUCAGGAUCAACCCGGACGGCAGCCAGUCCGUCAGAGAGGUCCCCCUGGCCCGCUCGGAGGGAAACCUCCUGGAGCUGAUGGAGAUUGUGUGUGAGAGGAUGCAGGACUACGGUGAGGUCGUGGACCCCUCCACAAACAGGAAGUCCUACGUCAGGGUCAAGUCUCGAAACGGUGAAGCCAUGGACCUCUCAGAGGCCAAACUAGAUUCCAGAGUUACAUCCAGUUUGAAAUUUACUUGUGAAACGAUUAUUGAGCAGCAUGAAGAUGAAAUCAUCGAAUUCUUCGCACAUGAGACGGAUAACAUCAAAGACAAACUUUGCAGUAAAAGGACAGAUCUCUGUGACCACGCUCUGAAAAUACCCCAUGAUGAACUUUGAUAUCGUCCCGCCUGACGCACGGUUGCUGUCGCCACCCAGCUGGGCACUGUAGUAUUGGGUUGUCACGUUUUGUCACAGCUUUACACCACGCCAGUGAUGGGAGAUUUACACAAGUCCUCAAGUAAGAAAUGGAGACUCCACCUGGACAUAAAAUUCAGAUGAUUCCUGUGGUCUUGGAGAAUUAGGUCCAGCUUCAUGCACAUGAAAAAGUCUCCCUCAAAGCUAGAAAAUGGCAGGGUAAAGAUGCCGAUCUUUGAUGUUGACAGUCAGUUUUUGUGUCUGCCAAGUCACUGUAGCAGCAGGAACAUGCAUAAAGAGAAAAAAUAGAUACUUGAAACACAGUGGAACAACCCUACAAAGUGUCAUUUGAAGGCAGAUUCAUGGUUCUAGCUUUAGGAGAGAGUUUUUAAUGUUCACCAGUAUUUAUUGAAUUGUCCAAGAUCACAGUAACCAAUGCAAAUCUUUCUUCUCUUCUUCCUCUUCUUUCUUCUUUAAGCCUGGAGUUUUCAUUUGGGUAAAAAGUAAAAUGUAGUGGUACUGUAGUGGAAAUGCACAAUUCUACUAUUCAACUAUCAAAGCAUUAAAGGAAAAAAAAAAAAACCAAAAAAAAAACACAAUUAACAUAUUUUUGCAAUCAGAGACAGUUUUCUCAGUAGUAGAAACCAUAGCACUGAGGCUCUACUGUGUGAUGUUUUGAGGAGGCAAAUUUGCUUCCCUGACAGUGAAUAAGACACUGCAUAUGUAGAUGGAAAAGUGUUGGAUCGGAGUUAGAGAUUUAUUUAUUUCAUUGCAGUACCAUCACAUAGAGACAUACAAAAUGUGCCUUUAUCAUAGAGCGAAUGUCACACUGGGUCAUGCCGCUCUUCACAAAGGCAGAAACCCCUUCACCACCAACAGAGGGGCCUCAGUGUCGUGCUUUCUGUCGUCAUCAAACAUUUUGUUUGGGUUUUUUCUUUUCUAUUUUUGUGAUGAACUAAUUGAAGUUCAUAACUUUAGACUGAACUGCCCCAAAGUCAUAGUCACAUUCCCACGGAUUUGAGUUUCCUUUAACCUGUUAAAGGUGUAAGAAGCAAAAAUUUGCUUCCUGAGUGGUUUGGAAUUGGAAAUGUUUUCUUUUUUUUAUAAACUGGUUACAUGGUAAACAUUUUACACCAUGCAAACUUCUGCAAAUUGCAGAUUCAUUGAGAUAUAUACACAUGGUGGAGUAAGAUAAGCAUUUAAAGUUGCCUAAAAGUACACCCAAAGCACUGCAGACUGCACACAAACUGUACUUUAAUGCCAUUCAGUUCCCUCUGAUUUUAGGUUACUGUAAACUUUGUCACUUGCAGUGUGUCCACAACUGAACUUAAAACACUCCUCAAAACCUCAUUCGCCAGCUCUGCGUAGAAAUACUAGAGCAGAAGAAGUAUUAUGAUACGAUGUAAAAAAAAAUUAGAGCAACUUUAGUUAGAGCGGUCCUGCUCCUCUGGUUAUUGUUUUGAUAUUAAGUUUGUGUCUUUAUCUUCAUUAAAUGCUACCAACACAUGCUGCACCACCAUAAGUACCACACAUUUUGAUACUCAGCUCAGUAAUUCACCCUCUCAGGAAUCAAAGGUGAAGGUUUGGUGUCUCCUGCUUUAGUUGGAUUGAAGUUUGGUGCAACCCCACUAGAGUGUGUUGUAGUCCAUCAUCUGAGUGCUCCGUCUCUGUCAUCAGAACCCAUGUGCAAACACUGUGGCAUUGCAGGCCUGCACGGUUUAAAUCUUCUCAUGGUGCUGUGUUGAUGUAGAAAGGUCAAGAGUUAUUUUUCAGUCAUUUAUUUUACAUUUGUGAAAAAGACUGACUUAGCGUCUCAUGUGAAUAUUCCCCUGAAACUUACAUUUUUAUAAAUUUUGCAAGGUUUCUGCAUCUGUUUUGUCUUCCAUCAGUGGAAAUAUAUUUGUACAACAUCA